CCCAACGCCGGGGCCUCCACGUUCUUCCCCGCCCGCCCUCUCCUCCCUCUCUGCCUCCGAUCUCAUAGCUUUUUCCUCCAUCCUUAACAAUCCUGUUCAACUUUCUUGAUUGAUUUAAGCUUUUCAAUCCAUUCUUCGUUAACUUCUAAUCUGUAACCUUUGUUCUUCAAUGCAUUUGACUAGAUUUAAAAUCAAUAAGACAGUUCCUGUGUUGUUUCCCUUCUCGCGCCGGUUGGCUUGUGUGUUAUCGACCCAACCGCAUAAAGAACACCACCAGGAGCCGCCAUGGCAGCUCCAGGAUCAGUUGUUAUAUUCGGUAUCUUCUAUUCUCUCUAAUUCGUCUCUGGACUCUUCUAAAUGUAGAGCUCUGUUGCCUCAUUUGUCUCCUCUUGAGUUUGAUCGGAUGUUCUUCUCCGUUGGAUUGAAAGCCAAUCCCAAAACUUGUCUUAACUUCUUCUACUUUGCUUCUGACUCUUUCAAAUUUCGGUUUACCAUUCGUUCUUAUUGUAUAUUAGUUCUUUUGCUUAUCAAUUCCAAGUUUUUACCCCCCGCGAGAUUGCUUCUGAUUCGUUUGAUAGAUGGGAAGCUCCCGGUGUUGAAUUUCGAUUUGAAUAAGCUUCACAUUGAGAUAGCUAAUGCAUUGUUAGGUUUAACUUCAGUUGUUGGGCGGUUUGAAUGGACACAGGCUUUUGAUUUGUUGAUACAUGUAUACAGCACACAAUUCAGGAAUCUUGGAUUUGGUUGCGCUGUUGAUGCGUUUUAUUUGUUUGCUCAGAAGGGAAUUUUUCCGUCAUUGAAAACUUGCAAUUUUUUAUUGAGCUCUUUGGUGAAGGAUAACGAACUUGAAAAAUGUUGUGAAGUAUUUGAAGUGAUGUCCCGUGGUGUUCGUCCAGAUGUUUUCUUGUUUACGAAUGUAAUAAACGCUCUGUGCAAGGGAGGGAAGAUGGAAAAUGCCAUUGAGUUAUUCUUGAAAAUGGAGAAGUCAGGUAUUUCUCCUAAUGUUGUUACUUAUAAUAGUAUUAUUCAUGGUUUUUGCCAGAAUGGGAGAUUAGAUGAUGCCUUCAAGCUCAAGGAGAAGAUGAUCAUAGAAGGGGUAAAGCCAAGUCUUAUAACUUAUAGUGUGCUUAUUAAUGGUUUGACAAAACUCGAAAAAUUUGACGAAGCAAAUCACGUUUUAAAUGAAAUGGUAGACACGGGUUUUGUUCCGAAUGCAGUUGUGUACAAUACUUUAAUUGAUGGAUACUGCAAAAUGGGCAAUAUCAAUGAAGCUCUUAAGAUUAGAGAUGUGAUGAUAUCCAAAAAUAUAACUCAUACUUCAGUUACUUUAUAUUCUCUCAUGAUAGGGUUUUGCAAGAGUAAUCAAAUCGAGCGAGCGGAGAAUUCUCUAGAGGAGAUAUUAUCUCAAGGGCUAUCUAUAAACCGUGUUACUUGUUAUUCGGUUAUCCACUGGUUAUGUACAGAGUCGAGAUUCGAUUCUGCAUUGCGAUUUACCAUGGUGAUGUUAUCAAAGAACUUCAGGCCUAGUGAUCAUCUGUUGACCAUAUUGGUAUGUGGACUCUGUAAGGAUGGUAAACAUUUAGACGCAACUGAGCUUUGGUUUAGGUUAUUGGAGAAAGGCUCUCCAGCGAAUACAGCGACCUCUAACGCUCUAAUACAUGGACUUUGUGGAGCUGGUAAUUUGCAGGAGGCUGUGAGAAUACUCAAGGAGAUGUUGGAGAGGGGUUUUCCAUUGGAUCGGAUCACAUACAAUACACUCAUUUUAGGUUAUUGCAAAGCGGGAAAAGUCGAGGAAUGCUUUAGACUUAAAGACGAGAUGACUAAGCUAGGCAUUGAACCAGACAUCUACACUUGCAAUUUGCUAUUGCAUGGACUGUGUAAUGCAGGAAAAUUGGAUGGUGCUAUUAAGCUUUGGGAUGAAUUCAAAGCUAAUGGAUUGGUUUCUAAUGUUUACACUUAUGGGGUAAUGAUGGAUGGUUAUUGUAAAGCUAACAGAAUGGAAGAUGUUGAAGAAUUAUUCAAUGAGAUGGUCACUAAGAAAAUGGAGCUAAGUACCAUUGUCUAUAAUAUAUUAAUCAGAGCAAACUGUCAUAGCGGAAAUGUUGUUGCAGCUUUGCAAGUUCGUGAUGAUAUGAAAAGUAAGGGAAUGUUUCCAACUUGUUCCACGUAUUCAUCUCUAAUACACGGUAUGUGCAACGUUGGCCGUGUUGAAGAAGCGAAACAGCUUAUCGAUGAAAUGAGAGGGGAGGGAUUGUUGACGAAUGUUGUUUGUUAUACUGCGUUAAUUGGCGGUUAUUGUAAGCUAGGGCGAAUGGAUAUUGCUGAAUCUACUUUGCUUGAAAUGAUCUCUUUUAACAUACGACCUAAUAAAUUUACGUACACGGUCAUGAUUGACGGGUACUGUAAAUUAGGGAAUAUGGAAGAAGCUAAUAAGCUUCUGAGCAAGAUGAAAGAAAGUGGAAUCGUCCCAGAUGUUGUUACUUACAAUACCUUGACUAAUGGAUUAUACAAGGGGAAGGACAUGGAUGAAGCUUAUAAAAUCUGUGAUCAAAUGUCCACGGCUCGAUUAUCUUUAGAUGAAAUUACUUACACUACUCUCGUACACGGUUGGAAUCGACCUACAAUUGCUAGCCAAGACUGAUCAAAUUUUUACAGAGGUUUCUCAUUACCUCAUUAAAUUCUGUUGAUAAUGUGAUUAUUGCUUCACGUUCAACUGAUCUGAAAUUUCUACCUCUGUUCUAUCAUUGAUUUUUAUUUCAUCAGUGACAAGAUCCAUCGGUAUCGUUUUCUUUAUUCAUUCGGAAAUAUCGGAGGCUAUCCGCCUUCUCUCAUCCAAACGAAAUAGCCAAAAAUGGAAGAGACGUCUUUAGUGUCUGCAGAUCAGGAAAUGCUUAGCUGCCUAUUGAAAUAGUGCGUCGAUAACAUAAGGCGAUCAGUUGAGAUCCUCACCGAUAGAAAAAGAUGGCAGUUUGUUUAAUGAUAGAGUGUCAUAGCAUCUCCGACCCAAACCCAGUGAUGAAAAUUGGUAAACAUAUUAGAUCUCGGGAAAAUGUCGUAUUUGAGAGUUGUUCAUAAGAACUGCUUCUAUGCACAGAUUGGAAUGGAAAGCAGAAAUGGCUCUCAUCUGCAUGAACGUCCCCACCUCCAUCAGGAAUGCUCUCGAGGAUCUUCUCGUGGCCUUUUGGAUAAUAAACUCCAGUUUGUCCAUUGAGCAUCCAUGUGGCUACCUCAUCCCUCACAUGGUGAGAUCCCACAUUGAUUGGG